AUUUGGCAAUAUGGCAGCCAGUUCAGAUGAUUCAGAAAACAUUUCUGACCUAGUUGCUUCGCGAUCAUCAAGCACUUCCUCUUUAAAUGGUCCUAGAAGUUUUGCUUAUGCAGCUGUCGAACGUGCAAACCUUUUAAAUCUCUCUAAAUUAUGUAUAAAAAACUUAAUAGAAAGCUCCUUAAAAUCGGGUCGAAAUUUGGGGGAAGAUCAUUUACCAUUGCAACAAUUUUUUGUUAUUAUUGAACAUGUUUUGAGGCAUGGUCUAAAGGUUAAGAGGAAUUUCCUUGGGGCAAGCAAGGACUAUUGGGGACCCUUGGAGAAUAUUGAGAAAAUUGAUGCCGAUGCAGCUGAGAUCACAGAGAGUGUGCGCAGCUUGCCUGGGCUCAAGACAGGUUUAGGUCGUGGCAGAGCAUGGCUUCGCCUGGCAAUGAUGCAAAAGAAGAUAGCAGAUUACCUCAACAGCUUACUCACGCGGAAAGAUAUUUUAAGUGAAUGGUACGAGCAGUCAGCGACAAUGAUUGGAGAAGAAGGGGCAGUUAUUGGUGGUCUGUUAGUAGGGCUGAACGUUAUUGAUUGUAAUAUGUGCAUCAAGGGGGGCGAUCUGGAUCUUCAGAGAAGUGUCAUUGAUUUAAGUUUUUAUCUCAAAGAAGGGAAUUACUUGGAAAAACCUGAUGAUGAUUGUUCAACAAGCACAAACAAUGAAUCACAAAAUGUCAACAUGGAAUUGGUUUUGGAUCAGAAAGCUUAUCUUGAAGAAAUCAACAGAAGUCUCGCCUCAAACAUGGCAGAUCUCCAAGCAAAGAUGAAAAUUUUAGAAGACCUGGAUAAAACACAAAAGGAGGAGAUUGGCAAUUUGAAAUAUGAAUUAAAGUCAGUUGUGGAGGAGCGAGAUGAACUGAAGAAAGGAAGCGAUGUGGUUGUUUUACAACAUAAAAGACAGCUGGAGAUAGUGCAAGCUGAUAUCGGUAUUGAAAGAGAGACUUAUGUAAAGUCAAGGGAAGGUUUGAAUGAGAUGUAUGAGGAUGUCAGAAAGCAACUUGACAACGAAAAGAAAUUGAGGAAGGAAACAGAAUCUGAGUUGGAACUUGUCAAAAACAUGAAAAAUGAAAGUCAGAUUGCAAUGCAACUGUUGGAGAAGGACAUCCAUGAUAAACAGGAUACGUUGAUCUCGUUAAGACGACAGCUACAGGAUAUCAAGACUAUAAAUUUAGACUUGCACACAAAAUGGCAGGAAAGUCAAACGGCCAAAGCUCAAAAUGAGGAGAAAUGGGCAGAAUUGGGAGAAAAAUAUUCCCGCAUUACGAUCGAAUCAAAAGAUUUAGAAAACAAGUUAAAUGAAGUAUGCAAGGAGAAGAGCGCUGUCGAGGAAACUAUGCAGCAAAUAAGUCAGCAACUGGUCACGUGUGACGGCAAAAGAAAUGCCCUGGAAGUUGAUCUAAAGAUUGAACGUGACUGGAGGUCAGGUCUUCAGGAAGAGCUCACACGAGUCAAUGAAAAUCUCACUCAGAUGGAAGGACGAGUUCGUGAACUCGAAGUCGUAAAACAGAAAUACGCGACUCUAGAAGAAGCUCACAAUGAGUUAAAGAAAUCGUAUCUAGAACAAGAAACGGCGUUGGUGGAAAUGGGUAAUACAUUAAGCAGUUCUCAUUUAAAAGUCGUCGAGAUGAAAGAGGCUCAUCAAAACAUGAAGGAAAUGAAAUGGACCGACGAUAAGGACACAGCCUAUUGUCAAUUUUGUAAACAGGCCUUUUCAAUUUCUCGUCGGAAACACCAUUGUCGUAAUUGUGGUGGAAUCUUUUGUAAUUCCUGUUCGGACAAUGCCAUGCCUCUCCCAUCCUCCGCUAAGCCAGUGCGCGUGUGCGAUAUCUGCUAUAAUACAUUGCUAGAAAGAUACCAAAGUUGACAUGGACUGCGUAUGGAAUAUAAUGAAAUUGGAGGAAAACUCAAUUUCUAGACCUUUUGGAACAGCAGCCAAACGUAAGGUUUCUGGCACGAUACAGCGGUUUCUGCAAGACGUUAUGAUUAUGAAGAGAUGACCCUGCAAAAGCUGCAUUUUUAUAACCGAAUGAAAUGUCGUGUAUCGGAACAAUUGGUUGAAAAAACGCAUGAAGCGUUCCUCUACCUUUCUCUCCAAGUGAGAAAACUCUCAUAACAUCUUGGAACUUGCAUGUCACUUCUAAGGUUUUAUAUUCACUUUGAAUCACUCAGAAUUUAGCCACGUAUAUAACGUCUAUACCUUAUAACACUGAAUUAAUACCGAAAGUUAAUUUUUUCUUCAGACUUUAUAUGAGCUGAUAACACUCGUUAUGUUGAUAGGUUGAUGAAGUAGCACUAGCGUAGACAGCCUGUCGAUUUGUCCCGCUAUGCUAAUAUUUUAGUGUUCGCUGACUGUGAAAACAAUAGAUUUCUAAAGACAUGAAUAAUUAUAAUAACUCGAAAUUUACAUAGCGGGACAAAAUCGUCAGGCUGGCUACGCCACUGUAAAGUAGUUUUAAUCGUGCGUGAAAUUGUAUGACACAAAUUGUUCUUUGAUCUUGACGAUUUUGAUUGUGCAUGAAAAUUAAAUAUAUUUUUUGAAACUUGCCAAUGAGCAUGCAAAUGAUUUUGUGAAAAUACCAUUCGUGUACAUACAUAACGGUACAAAUUGUUAAAUAGAAUUACAGAACGUAAUCGACUGCAAUGUAUUGACUAUACUCUAUAGAGUUCGUCUCUAUGUGGUUGUGUAUUUGGUUGUGUAAAAGUCGGUCAAUUAAUCCUUCCAAUCAAUCCGUAAUUGUUCAAAUCUAAAAGGCUUAAUCGUGUAAAGUGAUUUGAAUUUUGAAGUAUUUGAAAGUCAAGACGCGAUUUUUGCUUGUAAACAAGAUUAUUACGUCCCAAGUUAAUGCUACUUAAAUCUCGAUGUAGAUUUUUUAA